AUGUCAAAAGCUUACGUCAACGGAAACGUCUAUACGGUUGAUGACAAGAGGUCAACAGCUGAAGCAUUUAUUGUUACUGAGGAUGGUUUUUUUGGGGAUGUUGGUACUACUGCAGAGAUUUUGGCAUUGGCCAAAGGAUUAGAAGUCAUUGAUUUAAAGGGUAGAUUUGUUAUGCCAGGUAUCCAUGACGCUCAUUGUCAUUUAUUAAUGGCUUCCCAAGAGAAGCUUUUCGAAGCUAAGUUGGGUACCACUACUGGACCUGAAGAAAUUGUUGAGAAAUUGAAGGAGCAUAGGGAUGGGUGUAAACAUUUAGACGCUGUUAGUAAUUGGCUUGUUGGUAACUUCUAUCAUUAUGCUAAUUUCAAGGAUGGUAAACCUGAUAGACAAUUCUUAGAUGAAGCGUUUGGUGAUCAACCAGUUGUUAUCAGAGAAUAUACAACUCACAAUAUUUUUGUGAACACUGCUGCUUUAAGAGCUGUCGGUUACGAGGAUGAUCCUGAAGAUCCCCCAGGUGGAUACUUUGUUAGACGUGAAGAUGGUUCUAUUACUGGAGAAUUGGUAGAAAUGGCUGCGUCCAAGAUUUUUUACAGUAUGCCAAAAUAUAACUUGAAGUAUAAUACCGAGGCACUUGAGUAUGGGGUCAAAAUGUUAAAUCGUUUUGGUGUUACGUCUGUCCAGGAAGCUUCAGCUAAUACAAUCUAUUUAGAUACAGCAAGAGAAUUGGAAAAAACAAAAGGUUUAAGUCUUCAUAUAUCUGCUCAUGUUGUUUGGUAUGGUGCUGGAGCUUUUUCGGCUGAAUCAAUUGGUAAUCUUCAUCAUACUGUCUAUAAGCCUAAUGUUGAAACAUAUAAAACAAAACAUUUUGAUCCAUUAUAUACAAAGUGUUGGUUAGAUGGUGUCCCUUGGGUUCCACACGAAACUCAUUGCGCAAUCAAAGACGAUAAAAUCGAUUUCAGUAAGUUAUUAAUUCCCCCAGAAACUUUCAGAAAAGGUAUUGAAAAAUUUGAUUCUGAAGGUAGAACUUGUAAAGUUCAUGUUUGUGGUCAAGGAUCUGCCAGAUUUGCUUUAGACUGUUUCGAAGAAAUACGUAAAAAGAAUCCUAAUGGACCAAGACAUGAACUAGCCCAUAAUAUGGAUGUUACAGUAGAAGACUGCAAACGUUACAAAGAGUUGAAUAUUACUGCAGAAAUGAGUCCUGCAAUUUGGCAAGAUCCAGAAUUUCAACCAGAAGUGAAUCCAAAGUCGGUUUAUCCAUUCAAUGCUUUGAAGGAUCACGGUGCUCUUCUUACCAUUGGUUCAGAUUGGGUCUUUUCACCAGACACUCCAAACAUUUUCCCUGGUCUACAAGCUAUUACAGAAAAUAAACACGGCUGGGAUUUAACUAGAAAAGAAGUUGUUGAUAUGAUCACCAUUAACGGUGCUCACGCUAUUAAUAAAGAAAACAUUGAAGGUAGUAUUGAAAAGGGUAAAUUGGCCAACUUCAUUUUCUUAGAUCGUGAUCUUAUUAAUGCUCCAAAUAUUGCUGACACUAUAGUACAUAAAACAUUUUUUGAAGGUAAAGAAGUAUAUGACUACGAUACUGAUGAACUUAAAUAUUUUCAAGGUACAAUUUAA